UGAGGGAGACAGCGGCACAGACAGCGUCAUGGCGUAUUAUCAGUCGGAGUUCGAUGUUCACGUCAGCCAGCAGAAGGCGCUGGACGAGGCCAUCGAGUCUCAGCAGGCGACGGCCUCACGUCAAUCAGGACGACACGGACGAAUCCUGCUGAAACCUGCCGACGCUCUGAACGUCCACAACGUCGUGUCCCGAGCUAUAGACCCACGCUUGAACAGGGACUCUUUAUUAGUGAAAAAGACGUUUAAUGUCCACGUCAAAAAGCCCGGUGUGGUUCAGUCUCCGGGGUUUCCGGACUCUUCCUACCCUCCGAACGUGUUCCUGCAGUGGAGGCUCCGGGCCGACCCAAAGCACCGCGUCCAGCUGGACUUCCACACCCUGAUCCUGGAGGACGACUGCCAGCAGGACUUCAUCCAGAUCUACGACUCCCUCGCCCCCAUCGAGCCCCGGGUCCUCACUGAGUGA